AGCCAGCGGUUUAUCCGUGCAUGAAGAGCUGUGUGGAUUACCUCGUUGGGAGACAGUAGACCUGCUUUCGGCUAAUUUAGCUGGCUUUUUGCGUUGUUAGUACUAUCACCGAGUAAUUGCCAUUGUUUAAAGUUCUGUUUCCCCCCCAACGGUUCUUCUGGUUCGGAGGUGUGGCUCAAUGGUGUAAACGGCGAGCAGAGCUCACAGCACGCUUCGCCCACUUGGCUGCAGCAGCUGACUUGUGCAUCUUGCUCAGAGCGGAGUUUCCAAAAGAAAACUAUCUAGCAGGUCAGCCACUUGGCCUGCCUGCAGCUAGCUAGCUAGUUUUUUUCUUUACUGCCACAAUAAGUCCCUCCCUCGCCAAUUGCGUGGACGACUGACUCACUGCAGCGCCGAAGUCGAGUACACCCCCCUUCCUCUGAACUUAGCCAGCAUCCUUUUACACCUGGCUGGCAAAGGGUAUUAGCCCCGCGCUGGUUAGCGACGCUAGGUGACGCUAACACAAAAAACCCGUCUUUUCUGGAAGGACGCAAUACUGGCAAAGGGACUGACUAAUAAGAAGAGGCUAAAUAAGAGAACAAGGAAGACACCGAGGGGGCGACUGGCUAGUUUAGCCGGGGAGCGGUAAUUGCACAUUUAUAAAUUUAACUACCAACAGUACACGCACAACCAUGAGUAUUGAGAUACCCGUGGGAUUGACAGAACUGCUCCAGGGCUACACUGUGGAGGUGUUGCGACAAAGGCCGUCAGACCUGGUGGAUUUUGCAGUACAGUACUUCACCCGUUUGCGAGACUCCAGAAGUCAAGAUGGGUCCAGCACAGGUGGUAAGCCAGGAAAAGGGGUGAUGUUUGAUGGGGAGCCCAUGCAAACAGAAUCCAACGGAGAUGAUGAAGAAGAUGAUGACUCCGACUUUGAACCUCCACCACCCAGCGGAUUCAACAGGAGAGUGUCAGUGUGUGCAGAGCAAAUCGAUCUAGAUGACGACGAAGAAGACACUGAGCCCAGAGUGGUUCACCCUAAAACAGACGAACAGCGCUGCAGACUGCAGGAGGCCUGCCGAGACAUCCUACUCUUCAAAACACUAGAUCAGGAGCAGUUCUCACAGGUGCUAGACGCCAUGUUUGAGUUAAACGUCCAGCCCCAGGAACACGUCAUCGACCAGGGAGACGAUGGAGACAACUUCUAUGUUAUAGAUCGGGGCCUUUAUGACAUUGUGGUGUCAGGAAAAUGUGUGGGUCAGUAUAACAAUAAGGGCAGCUUUGGGGAGCUGGCACUCAUGUACAACACGCCACGAGCUGCUACAAUCAUAGCCACUCAGGAAGGAGCACUUUGGGGCCUGGAUCGCGCCACAUUUCGUAGACUCAUUGUAAAGAACAACGCCAAGAAGAGGAAGAUGUACGAGUGUUUCAUCGAGUCUGUGCCGUUGCUGAAGUCACUGGAGGUAACAGAAAGGAUGAAGUUAGUGGACGUUUUAGGAGCAAAGCAGUUCUCAGAUGGAGAGCGCAUCAUCACACAGGGAGACAAGGCCGACUGCUUCUACAUUGUAGAAUCUGGAGAGGUUAAAAUUAUGAUGAAGAGUAAAACAAAGGCAGGUCAUGCAGACAACGCGGAGGUGGAGCUAACGCGCUGUAGCAGGGGUCAGUACUUUGGUGAGCUGGCCUUGGUCGCCAACAAGCCCCGGGCCGCCUCAGCCUACGCAGUGGGAGACGUCAAGUGUUUGGUAAUAGACGUGCAGGCUUUUGAGCGCCUCCUGGGCUCCUGUAAGGAGAUCAUGAAGAGGAACAUCGCCCAUUACGAGGAGCAGCUGGUGGCUCUGUUCGGCUCUAGCAUGGACCUGAGAGACUGAGCCUCCCACACCGUCCUCUGUGCCUUUCUCACACACACACACACACACACACACACACACACACACACACACACACACACACACACACACACACACACACACACACACACACACACACACACACAUCCUCUCCAACACCAAGAAGUUGUUACAAUGGACUCAAAAGCUUUCCAUAUGGUGCAGAAGCAUGGGAUUAUGGACUCGGCUCGUUUGCAGGUUCAUCAGUUUGAAAACACUCGCUCUUUCUCAGACACACACCUGGUUGACACUGAGACACACUCCACAAAGCCUGCUGAACCCCCGAGCACAUAAUGGCUCAAUAAAUUCUGACACACAGCUGAAGGCCAGCUUCCAUCUCUCAGUAUGGAUGUCUCUGCUGCAGCGUAAGGACAUGAAGCACACAUGCGCUCUAAACACAAUAAAAUUACACCAUCAUGCUUCAUACAGGCUUCCCAUUCAUAUGAGCUCUUGAACAACACUGUUGUUCUAAGCCUCAGCCAAGGACACAUCUGCACACACACACACACACACACACACACACACACACACACACACACACACACACACACACACACACACACACACACACGUGAAGAAAA